UUGGUUGGAGAUGAUGAUGGAAAAUCCAAGAGUGAUGAAAAUGAUGAAUGGUGUCCAAGUAUCUGCAGACGAGGAUACGGAGAUUAGUAUCUUUGAUGUCAAAAAGUAUUUCAACGAAAGCAACAGCGAGCCACGAGUGUCCACGCUUGAUAUACCCAAUCUGCUUCAUGUUUCAUCAGAUAAUUCUGCCUUGCCCUUGCCCUUGGCCGGUAGAUUUUCCUCUGCUUCUGACGGGUAUGGUUAUGGGAUGACAUACCGACUUCGUUCCUUCCACGCAACACCAACGCCGUCAUCGGAGGCUAGCUGGAAUAGCCAGACUGGUUUGUUGUCAAACCCCACUGGUGCCAUUGCAGUUUCUAUGAUCACGACCGAUGACAGGAGAAAAAGGUCUGGUAAAAAACGAUGGCUCUGGCGACCAUGUUGCCCCUGCUCGGGAAAGAAAUCCGUUCAAGUCGAGACCAAAGCACCGUUGAGUUUGAACCCAAAACUCAAGGAAGACGAUGAUGAUCAGAAACGGCAGGAAAUACCCGUCAUACAACUAACCAGCAGCAACCUUCACAGUAUCUCAGAAGAAAAUCAUGAGUUUCAUUCAAGCUCAGAACAGCGUGUGGUGGCAACAACAACAAGAGUUUCAGGGACUGCUCCUGCUGGCUUUACGUUUCCAAUACUUAACCAACAACCAAAACCAUCCACCGUUAAAAUGUCAGUGAAAAGAGCUAUUAGUUCCGAUCUUGUUAUUGAUCAUGAAGAUCCACCUCGACAGUCGUUGGAUGUGUUCCAACCACCUAGGAAACUUGUGUCGAGAAUAACCGUAGCAGACGAUGAUGUCGCAAGCGAUACUAGCUCGGACCUGUUCGAAAUCGAGAGCUUAUCCACAACCACCCAGUGCCAGACCACCGCGUCGACAUACCAAAUGUACAAGCGUCGAGAUUCGUUGGACGAGGCCUUGCAUUAUAACACAAUGAGAUCGAUACCAGGUGGCUAUAAUAACGGGGCCACAGGGUUCAGCCUUGGGUGUCCGUAUUCUCCGAUGGUGACGGAGAGUUACGAGCCAAGUGAGGCGAGCAUAGACUGGAGCGUGACGACGGCUGAAGGGUUCGAGAGAGGUUCGGUUGGGGUAUCCGAAGCGGAGGAGAAUAUGCAGGGCAUUGGGAAUUACAAUGGAGGUGGAAAGAAGAAAACAGGGGAAUGGGGGUUGCUGAGCUGCCGAAGCCAGAAGGCGGUGAGCGUGGUGGGUCCAAACCCUGUCAAGUACGUGCCUCCUUGGGGACAGGAAGCUACUACUACGAAGCAUGUGGGCAAUGUCAACAAUCCACGCCUUUCCCGUUUGUCCAUACCUUUCUCGGCUUAA